CACAAAGCCAAGCUUUGAGGAGCAGCUGGUUGUUCUGGUCUUCUAUGAGCAGCAGAAACUCCAAAUGCCAAAAUGCAUUUGAAGGCAUUCGAAGGUCCAUGCAGUCAGAAGCUGAAUUUGUUUGUAUUUCUGGAGUACUUUUUAUUCAGUAGCCAUGGACACUGUUAAUACUAGAAUGCACUUCAGAAAAGAAUAAAACUGAAAUAAACAGCAUAUGCUGAGCAUAUCUGAUAAGAUGACACUUCCUCUUUGGGGAGGUGAAGAGAAAACGGUAGUACUUUCGCACGGAUAGUUCAGCAUUUGACAUCAACAGGGUGGAAGCCACAAAUACUGAAUUCUGAACUCUCUGCAUACAAAAGAAGAGCUCUGAUAAAUGACUCUACAGCUUCAUGAUGUCUUUUAUGAAUGGCUCAUGUGGUGGGGUCAGCAACAGCACAUCAAAUCAUUCUCAGUGGGAAAAAAGCAUGGAUAAGCUCUACACCUACUUCUACCUGUUCAUCUUCAUCCCAGGCUUGCUCGGGAACAGCCUUGCUCUCUGGGUGCUGUGUCGCUUUAUAAGCAAGAAGACCAAAGCCAUUAUCUUCAUGAUGAACCUGGCCAUUGCUGACCUGGCCCAUGUCCUGUCCCUGCCAUUGCGUAUCUACUAUUACAUCAAUCACACCUGGCCUUUUGGAAAGGGAAUGUGCUUGCUCUGCUUCUACCUGAAAUAUCUUAACAUGUACGCAGGCAUUGCCUUCCUGGUCUGCAUCAGUAUCCAACGUUGUGCCUUCCUCAUGCGCCCCUUUUGUGCCAGAGAGUGGAAGCGGCGCUAUGAUGUUCGCAUUAGCAUAGCUGUGUGGUUGGUAGUUGGUUUAUGCUGCUCUCCUUUCAUCUUGAUGAGAAGCACCACAUCAAACACACAGUCCAAUCAAACCUGCUUUAAGGACUUGCCCAUGCGAAAGCUGAACCUGGGAACAGCAGUGCUCAUAAUGUCCUUUGGUGAGCUCCUGGGCUUUGUGGCCCCACUGACCAUCAUCAUCUUUUGCUCUUAUUUCAUCAUUUAUUCUUUGAAACAGAGCUUAAGGCCUGGUGUCUCAGUCAAUGACAAGAGAAGGGCCUUGCGCCUGGUAUUAGUGUGUACCGGUGUGUUCCUCUUCUGUUUUGCUCCGUACCACAUCAACUUCCUUCUGUAUAUGAUGGUUUCACAGUGCAUCAUUACGCAGGAUUCUUUGCAGCAGGUGAUUAGACAGUUCCAUCCAAUCUCACUGUGCAUAGCCAGCCUCAACUGCUGCCUGAAUCCACUCAUAUACUACUUCCUUACCACAGAGUUCAGGCAGCAGCUCAGUCGCCAGGGAAGCUCUAUAUUAAGAGGGAGGCUAAUGAGUAUGGAGAGCACCUCCUCAUACAGAGAACCACUUUCCUGAUGGCCAUGGACAGCACUUCCUCCUACAGAAAAGCACUUCUGUGAUGAACAUGGCGAGCACCUCUUUAUAUCGAGAAGAACUUCCUGAUUUGGAGGGGGAAACACCUCCUCCUAUAGAAAAUAAGCACGCUUAGAUAUUAAGAUUAGAUUAAGAUAUUUAAUGAUAUCUUCAAGUUUGCAUUAAUAUCCUGAGCUGUGAAUUACUGAAGCUCUAUUUCUGCUCCAGUUAGUGAAAGCUGCAUCAUGACCAUGGAUAUGUAGAAUGUAGCUUAGUUUUAACUGUGAUAAUCAGGUUUUGGGCCACUGUUUAACAGUCUUUCAAUCAUGUGGUAUACUUUUUACAUUAAUAGUCUUUGAGGACCACUAAAUGUAAUCCCUGUUUCUUCCUUUCAAUAUUAAUGGCAAUUAGACCUGCAACUACAGUAAUUAGCCAAAGAAAUAUCACCUGCCAGGUGUAAUUUACGAUUUAGAUGUUGAGGUCACAAAAUGUAACUUAUAUGCCUAAAACAAUCAUUGUGAUUAAAGUACAACACAAAAGGAAUUAAGAGAAAACAUUUUUUGCAAUAGGCAAUAAAACCCAUCACUUCAGUGGCAGCAAAAACCUUUCAGAAGAAAAUCUGAAGAAAUACUGUGUUCAGAUUAAGCUCAGAUAUUGACUAGUUAGUUGCUGAAAAACGGGCACACAAAUCUGCCUCAAAGCAUAAAAAAAAAAGCUUGUGCAAGUACUUUGCAAUGUACCUUACAAUAUGCCUCACCAUAUGAUAGUGGUAGCUGAAGACAUAGGAAACCAUGAGACCAAAGCCAGGCAUAGUCAGAUUAAUUUGAUUUAUCAUUUUGCACUGAAUUCAGUUCUGUACUAAAAUGCAUGGCUUUAAAGAAAUGUUUCAUAUUUCAAUACAUGGCCUCCUUUAAAAGGAUUGAAAGACACGUGACAUUGUUUGCAACUCUGAUAAAAUGGGCUCUGAAUAUUGCACUAAUACAAUGAUGAUGUAAAUAAGGGUGUGUAGAAAGAAAGAAUGCUUCAAAUAAUACAAACAAUGCAAGCUGAGUAUAGUAAUAUGUUGUGUCAUAGAAUCACUGACAGUAGUAUACUGGAACAGAUAUAUUUCACCUGGAGUCAUUAUGUUACAUUUCGGGUUUUUCUUGUGUUCAAAUAAAAUUUCAAAUGUACAGAUAUUUUUUCUUUAUUCAAAAUUAUGAACCAAAACAGAAACAUCUUCGAAAUAUAAGUGUUAUGAGAAGCCAUAAAUAAACUCAAGCAGUGCAUGGCUAUCCAUUUCCUGUUUAGGAUUGUUUGUCAUGUAAUAUGCGAUUUAUCAUCAAAUGUAAUGUACAUUUUGUUAAAUACACUAUUUGUCUGUGUUCUAUAUUUAGACUCAAGCAUAAGUUUCGAAUGUUGUUCAGAUUUCCUGAGUGUAUUUUCCACCAGCCUAUUUCAGGCAAUUACCCCGAAGUUCAACAGAAAGUGAGAUAUUACUAAUCUUUGUGACUCAUUUAUCUUCUUAUUUUCGCUUCAUGUACAUGUGCAGUGUAACAGGUACAAGUGGAGGAAAUGUGUGGGCAAACUGUGCGCAUUGCUGAAAUGUGCCAUAUUUUACUUUGAACUGUAUAGAGGCCUCAGGCACAAGGUCUGUCUACAUAAAAUAAAUGCUGUAGCAGUCUGUGACAGCUGAACAUGA